AUGCCAGAUCUGCAGCGCUCCAGGUUUUCCUACCGUAGCAUGAAUCCUUUGUUGGGGGCCAAUCCCAGCGCGCAUCUCCAACAACAACAUCCGCCACACCAGCUGCACAGCCCUGGACACCCCGACUCGCCUUCGGGCCUGCUCCCCGACGCGCUGUUGCUUCAAGGGGCCGAUCUGUCCAGCGAGCAGUCCGUUGGCUCUUUGCACACGUCGCCCUUCCUCCAUCAUCACCAUCACUAUCAACACCGGAGCGCGCAGCCUCCUCCUCCUCCUCCUCCACAACCAGCUGCCAUGGCUCUGCGCAACGACCUGGGCUCCAACAUCAGCGUGCUCAAAACGCUCAACUUGAGGUUCCGCUGCUUCUUGGCCAAAGUGCACGAGUUGGAGAGAAGGAAUAAGAUCUUGGAGAAGCAACUGCAGCAGGCCCUGGAUGGUAAUUGUAAGACGUGCCAAUGUGAGCAGAAGGGAGUGAACAGGGGCCCCACGCAGGAGACCGGUGUGCAGACGGGGUUCGCGGGGGCCGUCUCGCUGAGGCCCGGGUCGCUGCCGUUCCACAACACCAACAACUCAGCCCGCAGGCCCACCUCGCUGUUCACGCCGCCCGGGGACAACCACCCUUCUUACCCGCCCUCCAUCACCAUCAGCCACGCGUCUCCUUGUGUGGACUCCCCGGGCUCCACUGCUCCCAGCCAGAGCACCAGCACCACUUCCUGCACUGGGACAUCCACCAACCCCCCUCCACGCUUCCUCCCAGGCACCAUCUGGUCCUACAACCACACAAGGCGCUUCGGCUCGAGUGGGGAGCGGAUCACCAGUCCUGGGGUGUCCUGGGUGCACCCAGACGGAGUGGGGGUGCAGAUAGACACCAUCACUCCGGAGAUCAGGGCCUUGUACAACGUGCUGGCCAAAGUCAAGAGAGAGAGAGACGAGUACAAGCGCAGAUGGGAAGAGGAGAGCAGCAUGAGGAUGGAUCUGCAGCAGAAGAUGUCAGACCUUCAGGAGGACCUGCAGGAGAGCGAGGGCUGUCAGGACGAGCUGGCCCUCCGCGUGCAGCAUCUGAAGGCAGAGCUGGUUCUCUUCAAAGGCCUCAUGAGCAACAACCUGUCAGAUCUGGACAGUAAGAUCCAGGAGAAGGCCAUGAAGGUGGACAUGGACAUCUGCCGCCGCAUCGAGAUCACCACCCGCCUGUGUGACGUGGCUCAGCAGAGGAACUGUGAGGACGUCAUCCACAUGUACCAGGUCCCAAACAACCAGCUGAACAUCCGACGUAAGCCCACCCCGCUGUCGUACAACGGGAGCGAGUGCGAUGAACCGGUCAGCACCUCGGAGAGCGACGGGGGCGGAGCCAAAGAGCAGGAGCACUGCGGCUCCUCGGCCAAUCAGAUCAAUGAGGAGAUGCAGCGGAUGCUCAACCAGCUGCGUGAGUGUGAGUUUGAGGACGACUGUGACAGUUUGGCCUGGGAGGAGACGGAGGAGACACUGCUGCUGUGGGAGGAUUUCCCAGGAUGCACUCUGCCUCCGGAUCCGGCUCACCCACCAGGAGAGCAGGAAGACUGCCUGGAGAAGGUGAUUAAUGAUACAGAGUGUCUGUUCAAGUCCCGAGAGAAGGAAUACCAGGAGACCAUCGACCAGAUUGAGCUUGAACUGGCCACAGCCAAGAGCGACAUGAACCGACACCUGCACGAGUACAUGGAGAUGUGCUCCAUGAAAAGAGGCCUGGACGUCCAGAUGGAGACCUGCAGACGCCUCAUCACUCAGAGCGGAGACAGUAAUUCCACCGCCCCCAUUUCCUCCGACGACAGCGACCAGACCAACAGCGACCGCUCCUCUGCCUCUCCCUCUUCCAACUCUGGGAAAUCCUGA